CAUUCCAACCAAUUCAACCAAUCUAACUAAAGAGUGAAAGAAAUGGGUUCCAAAGCAAUUGUUUCCCUUGGCCUCUUUCUCGCCAUUGUUCUUCUCAUCACCUCGGACGUCACAGCCAAGGAUUUGGCUGCAGAGACUUCCACUUCUACUGAACAGACUAACGGUGUGGAAGACGCCAAGUAUGGUGCUGCCGGUUAUGACGGCGGACACGGCCAUGGCGGAGGAUAUGAAGGUGGCCGAGGCGGAGGAUACGAAGGCGGUCAUGGUGGCCGUGGCGGGGGCCACGAAGGAGGCCGAGGCGGACGAGGCGGUGGCGGUUAUUGAGGAGGGAACUAACGGGAUAGGAGCUACGUAUGAUAUCUGUACGUGCACCGGGUUAAAAUAUGUAGUAUGAAUAAUAAUGGAGGAUAUCCGAUCGUGCUCUUUAGAUUGAUAGCUAGUCAUGUAGCUAGUAGCUCGUUGGGAGGGCAUGGUUAAGUUGUACUAUCUGUGUGUGACUGUGUGUUUGGUUUUCACGUACUAUUAGUGGUAUGUUUUAAAUUAACCAGAAGGAGCUGUUUGAAUUAA